GUGUAAAGUAUUCCAAGGCCAAGCUCGGCCAGGGUAGAUAAAUCCCUGCUUUCCCAGGCCGCUUCAAACAACACCCAUUCAUUCCUCUCCAGAGUCCUGAGAGCCUUCGUCACGAGACUCGAGCGUUAUCCUGCAGCCAUGCGUCUGGUGCUGUGUGUCGUCGCCGUUCUGUUCGGGAGUCCUCUCGGAGAGAUGUUUGCUCUCCAUCCUUCACCUGAGGCAUCUGCUGUCAAAGCCAACAGAUGCAAGGGAGAACUGGAAAUUAGGAAAAUCCUUCUGGAAUCUCUAAAACUCCAGCAGGAGCCUCGUGUGUCUGUGUCGAAGAUGCAUCGUCUGCGUGAGCAGUGGAAAGACAUGUUCAGGAACCUCACAUCAGCACCAGGUAACGCAACGUUUCCCGAGGACUCCAGAAACUCCAUCUGCUGCAAGCAUUCCUGUCAGGUCUUCAUUAAAGAUCUGGGCUGGGAGCGCUGGGUGGUUUAUCCGGAGAGCAUCACCUUCAUCCAGUGCCGAUCCUGCGGUUCUGAGAGCGCAGACGCACCUGCGCAGACUGAUGAAAGGCUUCAGAUGAUCUUGUCUCUGGGCUCAGACCUGAUCUUAAUUGUCUUCCCACAGUGCUGCAAGCCGACCGCUCACAAAAUCAUCCCGUUCCUCUACAUGGACGAAGGGAGCGUUGUGGUUCUGUCCUCAGUGAGUCUGACCCACGAGUGCGGCUGUGACCCUGGAGAGGAAACGCAGGACCCUGAGGUCAUGACCCCGUCCUAGAAAGCCUUCCUGACCCCGCAGGUCACGUGACACAGAGCCACAGAAACGCAGUAGAGAAGCACAGCUUUUUGGAUUCGUAGGUUUAUAGCUAAGCAAACUUAUUUAGCGUCUUUUGACUUUUGCUGCUGUUGAGAGUCAGACUCUCAGACUGUUGUGGGCUGUAAGAAUGGACUCAAAGUUCUCAGAAGAGGCAAAUAAAGUUCUCAAUCUAAGCAUGUUAUUUGACUUGCAUAGAAAUGCACAAUGGACCUUCUGUUACAAAUCAGUUCAAGGCCAAAUCUGUUUUUAACUUCAGGCUUUUAUGGGGCUGCGGCUGCAGCGGCCAGCCAAUGUUCCCUGAGAAAAUGCUGUGGAGCAGCUCUGCCAAACCUUUCCCUGUGCGAAUCUGAGGACCAAACAAAGUGUUACAUUCCUUUAAAUCAAAUUCUAAUGUCAAUUAUUCCUCUAAUGUGGCAUCAGGCGUGAUCUGCGUGUUGAGAAACGCCUGGUCUUGUUGAAGAAUCAAACGCACAUUCCAGCAUUUCGGCUGCGUGUUUGCAAAAACCAUCUGGCCAUAAAUCAACAUCAUUUCAAAUUCAGUGUGGGAACAGUUUUCAACCCAGUAUUAUAUUUACAUUUACAUUUAGUCUGAAUGUUUCAUAACUCGACAUCCAUGUUGUAGGCUACACACCAUUGUAUUAGAAAAUAUUAUCAAAAUAUAAUCCAGGAAAGGCAAACUAACACUUUCACAUGCAUGUUUAACAAGAUUUACACUGUGUAUCAAAUGUAUCAGCAGAAUGUUUUAUUAAAGAAAGCUUUCAUGGCAUGAA